CCUCAGAAUAUCGAGGUUGGUACAUCAUCAACAUUUCUAGUAUAGGAUAAAACGAUAAAAAGUCAUUCUUGCCUUCACUGCACUGCUCUAGCUAGGGUUUCUGAUCUGUUUUUCCAUAUCUGUGUAACUUGAUAGCAGUCCUUUGUUAGCUGAAAAGUUACUGGUUCUUCAUCAUGUUUCCAGAAACCUAAAGCUGACAACUUUCCUGGGGUUUUGCUUCUGGGUUUUCAUCUCUGAUCGAGAUUCUUUGGGGGUUGAGUGAUUAAACCUUUCCUGGGUUCUGACUGUCCAGGAGAUGGUGAGAGGGAAGAUUGAGAUGAAAAGAAUUGAAAAUGCGACAAGCAGGCAGGUAACCUUUUCUAAACGUCGAAACGGGCUGUUGAAGAAGGCUUAUGAGCUUUCGGUUCUUUGCGAUGCCGAAGUUGCGGUCAUCGUCUUUUCUCAGAAGGGCAGGCUCUAUGAGUUUUCCAGCUCUGACAUGCAAAAGACUAUAAAACGAUACCAUAAACAUGCAAAAGGUGCGCAGACCAACACUACUGAAGUGGAACAGUAUAUGCAGCAAUUGAAGCAUGAAUCAGCUGACAUGGCCAAGAAGAUUGAGAUCCUAGAAGCUUCUCAACGGAGGCUUUUGGGACAUGAUUUAGAUUCUUGCUCUGCUCAAGAACUCAAUCAGAUAAGUAGCCAGCUCGAGCGAAGCAUACGCAUUGUUCGAGAUAGAAAGGGUCAGCUAUUCAUGGAACAAAUAGAACGACUCCAAGCGAAGGAGAGGAUCCUCUUAGAAGAGAAUACAAAACUUCACAUAGCGUGUGGUGCAAGGCCUUGGCAGCAACAUAUAGUUCAAGAAAAAGAAGUUGGGGCAGCAACUUAUAACUGGAUGAACAGUAGUCAAAGUAGCAGCAGCCAAACAAUCAGUAAUUCAGAUCAGGUGGAGACUGGGUUGUUCAUCGGACCACCAGCGAUGCGCUGUGAAUAAAUGUAUAGCACAGUUUUGUGUCAUCUUCUGAAAACCAACACCAACAUCUCAGCUGAUAUUGGCCAUAAGCAAGGAAAUAAACAAUGCUCUUUCUUCGGGCAUACCCUAUUUCAUAUAUAUGUAUUCGACUGAUGUAGAGGGCCAAAUUAGUGAUUUUCUGUGUCUUUUGAAAGUUGUUUUUACAAGUCCUGCACUCCUGCCAGUUUCAUGUAUCUGAUUAAUCUUAAGUGUAAAAUCAAGACUUUUACAUUUCAAAACUAUUCCGAAAUCUGAAAUGCCAUAUUAAUG